UCUACUGUUACGUUUGAAUGGCCCAGUCUAUCUACCUCACACUCUAUUUAUUGGUAACCCCUCCAUGCUUUGGAGAAGGAAGACAUAUUCUACUAUACUAUUCUUUUUUGUGUUGAAAGCUAUACUGAAAAAGCAUGGAGAUGAAAAUGGAGGAGAUGUUAGUGACCAGCUGGUAUAAUCUGCAUUCAUCAGUGCCACCAUCUCACGUUCAUCCACCCGAAAGCCGACCCGGCGAGCUCCUUGUGGGUUCAAGCAAGUCAAUCCCUGUCAUUGAUCUUGGACGAUGUGAUCAUCCUCCUCAUGAUACCAUAUCCCUCGUUUUGAAAGCAUCCCAGGAAUAUGGUUUCUUCCAGGUGAUCAACCAUGGAGUUUCUGAGGAAUUAAUGGAGGAUACACUAAACAAUUUCAAAGAAUUCCAUGGUAUGCCUCCGAAAGAAAAGAUGGCUGAAAGUUCAAAAAGCCCGAAUGGAAUCUGCAAGCUGUACACAAGCUGUGAGGUUUACAGAAAAGAUGAUAAUAAUCAAUACUGGAGAGAUACAAUGAGACACCCUUGUCCUCCUUCUGGAGAAUACGUGGAAUUUUGGCCCCAGAAACCAGUAAGAUACAGGGAAAUUGUUGGGAAAUACACAGAAGAACUGAGAAAAUUGGGAGUGCAGAUUUUGAAGAUGCUUGCUGAAGGAUUAGGACUGAAAUCAAAUUAUUUCUGUGGAGAAUUGAGUGGAAAUCCUAUGAUUCUUGCUCAUCACUAUCCGCCAUGCCCACAACCAAAUUUAACGUUGGGGUCACCGAAACACAAAGAUCCAACACUUCUUACAAUUCUUCUCCAGCCCAAAGGAAUUAAUGGACUUCAAGUGCUCAAAGAUGGCCAAUGGAUCGGUGUUGAACCUAUUCCCAAUGCCUUUGUGGUCAACAUUGGCCUUCUCUUGCAGAUGAUUAGCAAUAGAAGGCUGAUUGGCGCUGAACACCGAGUGGUGACAAACAUAAACACAGCGAGGACAACAGUGGCGUAUUUCAUAAAGCCAAAAGAUGAAUACGUCAUAGAACCAGCGAAUUCUAUGAUCACUUCAAAUUCUCCUCCCUUAUACAAACCCAUUUCAUAUUCUGAGUUUCGCAAAAAUUUCCUUAAUAAGGGUUCCAGCUUUGAGGCGGAUUUACUAUAUUCUUAGCCCUUAAAAUCUGUUCACUAUUCCUUAGGACUGUUUUACUUGUACUUGCACUUUGAUCCUAUAUAUAACAGUUCGAGAAAAAAUGUGAUAGAAUAUUUUUAAAUUCAGUUUAUGUGUCCUACCGCUAUAUGCCAUGUUGGUCCUAAGGUUUACAUGCAAUGUAAUGUUAUUGCAGUUAUCUAAUCUUGUAUUUUGACA